AUGACAAAGGAGACUUCUUUUUUAAGAAGCCAGAUGGAUGCAUAAUUCAGCUCGAAGAAGAAAAAUCAAAUGAUUUAAAAAAGAUUCUGAAAAACAAUGAUACACUAUAUAUUUCUACAUUGCAAGACUCUGAUAUCAUAAUUUGUAUGUAUAGUGAUAAUACGUCUGUCCAUAAUCCUACUUUUAAACGUACUUUGCGUAAAGGAAUGUACCUUUCAAAAAUUCGAUCUGAACUUGCAAACAGCGAAGACUCUGAACGUAUGAGAUCAAGCUAUCGUUUUUCUGACCAAAAACAUGUUUCUAUCUCAGAAUUCGAUGAAGAUAAGAAAAAACUAUAUGAAGUAUUACAUAUUAAUGAACGAGGUCCAAAUGUACUGAAGAUUAUCAAAAAAGAUGGUCCUGAUUUGGCUAAAUUGGGUAAUAAAUGCGGAUAUGGUUUUAUUAUAGACAAAGAUUCGGCAAUGGUAAAGCAAAUUAAAAAUCCUGAAUAUCGUGCAUUUACUGUUAAAACAACACAGCCAUAUAUUGAUUACGAUAAUACAGAUGGCAAAUUUGAAUGCAAGAGCGAAUUUCACGAAUUGUGUAAACGAAAUUUUAUUACUUUUGGAAAAGCUAAUUUUGUUCUGCCAUUGAUUUCUAUUUCCUUUGGAAUUGAUCAAAGAUUUUCACGUGAAAAGCUGAACUCUUAUGAAACAUAUACAAAAUAUUCAUAUAUUAAAAUAAGACAUGCAACAAUAGAAAUAAACAAGAGUAAUAUUAUAUUAACUGAAGAGUUUAAACGUGAAGUUGAGGCUGCGAUAGAAGAAGAGACUCAAGAUAAGAUAGUGAAAAAACUUAUAAAUAUUGCUAAUAAGUAUGGCCACUUCUAUGCACGAACCAUCUCUUUUGGAGGAGUUGCUAUUGAGAAAAUCACAAACGUUGGACACACAAGUGGUCAUAUACUCGCCGAAGAAACGAGAAUUCAAGCAUCAUCAAACAUGCUAAAUAAUGGAGUAAGCGCAGGUAUAUCCGCAGGUAUAUCUGCAGGUAUAACCUCGAAUACUGAAAAAUCAAAAGGAAACGCUAAAUCUACUCAUAAAAUAAAAGGUGGCGUCGAUUCACAGUUCGUCAGUGAUAACCCCGAAUCUUGGAUUAAUUCACUAAGUGACUCAGAUACUUGGGAUAUUAUUGAAUAUCGCGAUAUCUAUUCAAUUUUUGAUCUAUUAAAGGAUGAUUUACGGAAUAAUGUUCUAAAAGCUUUGGGGAAAAGGAUUUUAAAAG